UAAAUAAUCAUACCUAAAGACGCUUAAAUGUUUGAAAAGGUUUAUACUCUAGACGUAACACGGUCAUCUGUCUUUAUGGAUCCUGAAGAUUAUAAAACACCUGGCCGUCAAGCCUCGCCAUCUCAUCUAUUCAGAAGAAUAAAGCGCUUUUAUCAUUAUCGUGUUGUAGGGUUUAUAUGCCUUACGACUUUAUUUUUAGCUUUACUGUUCUCCGGUAGCACAAUCAAACCUUAUAAAGACACAAAGACUUUGAAAAAUGGAUUAUUCCGUUCCACCAAUCAAAUUUUGCGACGUCGAGAUGGGUUUAUAAUGAUAACCCCAACUCUAGGACGAAUGGAACUACUACCAAAUUUUCUAAGGCAUUACGCCUCUAACGAUGGAACUUCAAUCAGAGCGCUUAUUCUGGAAUGGGUAGACGACGCAACUUCGCCAGAUCCAAAAUUCAUUGACUCCUUACGUUUUUAUCCGGUACCAAUAUAUCUAAUACGACCGAAAACACGUAGCUUGAACGAGCGAUUCAAACCACUAGAAACGUUAUCGCAUAACUUUAUCAUCGCUUCCAACAGAGAAGCUAAAGAGUAUGAGGCUAAAUACUUUUCCAAAGCGGUUUUCUCAGUGGACGACGAUAUCCUUAUUCCUCUUUCUGACCUCGAACAAGCUUUCACAAUAUUUACACAGCCUUUUCAGACUACCACACGUAUGAUUGGAUUCUUUGCGCGUAGAGGAAGCAGUGCAGGGAAAUACAUCACUUCAUACAAACCAGAAUACAACAUAGUGCUAACGAAAGGUGCUUUUUUACACCACGACUGGUUUGAGAAAUACUGGGAGGAUAAAUACUCGGAACUUCGCGAUUUUGUGACACUAAACUCGAACUGCGAGGAUAUUCUUAUGUCCUACAUCUAUGCAGAUGAAGUCGGUAUCGCGCCUAUGUUCUUCCUUUCAAAGUAUAAGGAUCUAGGCUUGGUAAAGGGGAUUUCAACAAAGCCGUCACACUACGAUUUUAGAUCAAAAUGUAUAGAGAAGUUUAAUUACUUCUUUGGAGAAACAACAUUAAUUAGCACGGAUAUCAUGAUCAAGAAUUUAGGAGCUUAGUCAUGUACAAUACUUAAAAUUCAUUCUAUUCAGCC